CCGAGUUUGCAAUCUUUCUGAUUAGGCUAGACGAGUAACUGAUCGGGUCAUGGCAGCAAACUCAACUAAGUCUUUCCUGGCAGAUGCCGGCUAUGGAGAACAGGAACUGGAUGCUAACUCUGCCCUUAUGGAAUUGGACAAAGGUAUUCAAAAGAGCGGGCUGAGCGGGCGAAUCGCGUGUUGGAAGUGGCGCCACCAGGUGGUGGUCGCCUCGAGAGAGGCCCGGAAAGCACAUGCGCGUAGCUUCGGUGGGCGGGGAAUCCGUGUGCAUUUGCUGGGGCUAGGGCUUUGGCCGCAGCGAGAGAUUGCAAAGAUAAUUGCAGGAAAAUUCAGGAUUGCCGGAUUGGCCAUGCACCAGCUGAACAAGUGGGCCCGUUUUGACCAUUUGAGGGCACAAUCUGCUUUUCCAAGCAGUGAAAGCGGCUGGCAGAUUUCUAAAAACGCUGCUUUGAAAUUGAUGUUGGGAAGUCUGGCAUCCAUAAUUCCUGAGAGGAAGAAUGCUCACCACAGUAUUCGUCAGAGUUUGGACUCACAUGAUAAUGUAGAAGUCGAAGCUGCUGUUUUUGCUGCUGCAAACUUCUCUGCACAGUCAAAGGAUUUUGCUAUAGGAAUCUGUAACAAAAUCAGUGAAAUGAUUCAAGCAAGCCAGAAGGCAUUGUCUGCUGAAGUAAAGGCGGUGAUUAAGCAGCAGCUUGAAAGUGUCUCCAAUGGAUGGACUGUAUACCGUAUUGCCAGACAGGCUUCCAGAAUGGGUAAUCAUGACAUGGCCAGAGAGCUUUAUCAGAGUUUGCUGACUCAGGUUGCCUCAGAACACUUCUACUUCUGGCUGAAUAAUCUUUUGGCACUGGAACAAGAUGCUGUCUUUGGCCUGGAAUCCCUUCUGGUACUUUGUAGUCAAGAUGACAGUCCAGGUGCUCAAGCUACAUUAAAGAUUGCUCUAAAUUGCAUGGUGAAGUUGGCCAAGGGCAGGCCUCAUCUUAGCCAGUCAGUGGUUGAAACCCUGUUGACUCAGAUGCACGGUGCUCAGGAUGCUGCCCGGAUCCUGAUGUGCCACUGCCUGGCGGCCAUUGCCAUGCAGCUGCCAGUGCUAGGCGACGGGAUGCUUGGUGACCUCGUGGAGCUCUACAAGGUGAUCGGACGAUCAGCCACAGACAAGCAACAAGAACUUCUGGCUGCUAGUACACCAUUGAAUCCUUUAAGUUUUCAGUGCGAAUUUGUAAAACUCAGGAUUGACCUUCUACAAGCCUUCUCUCAGCUGAUCUGUACAUGUAAUAGCCUAAAAACAAGCCCUCCACCCGCAAUUGCCACAACAAUUGCCAUGACCUUAGGAAAUGACCUCCAGAGGUGUGGUCGCAUUUCCAAUCAGAUGAAACAGUCCACGGAAGAAUUUCGAAGCCUUGCUUCCCGAUACGGGGAUCUUUACCAGGCAUCUUUUGAUGCUGACUCGGCAACUUUGAGGAACGUAGAACUACAGCAACAGAGCUGUUUACUGAUAUCUCAUGCAAUAGAAGCCCUGAUUUUGGAUCCAGAAUCAGCAAGUUUCCAGGAAUAUGGAUCUACGGCAGCAGCCCAUGCUGAUAGUGAAUAUGAGAGAAGAAUGAUGUCUGUAUAUAAUCAUGUCUUGGAGGAGGUAGAAUCACUCAAUCGGAAAUAUACUCCUGUUUCUUACAUGCUUGCCCUGUCACCAUCCCCCCGGAACCCAGCAGAGCCCAUCGCUGUCCAGAAUAACCAGCAGCUGGCGCUAAAAGUGGAGGGAGUGGUUCAGCACGGAUCGAAACCUGGACUCUUCCGCAAAAUUCAGUCUGUCUGUCUGAAUGUUUCUUCCACACUACAGAGUAAAUCUGGACAAGACUACAAGAUACCCAUUGACAAUAUGACCAAUGAGAUGGAGCAGAGGGUUGAACCUCAUAAUGACUACUUCAGUACUCAGUUUCUGUUGAACUUCGCUAUCCUUGGCACACACAACAUCACAGUGGAAUCUUCAGUGAAAGAUGCCAAUGGCAUUGUAUGGAAGACUGGUCCCAGAACUACCAUAUUUGUAAAGUCCCUGGAAGAUCCUUAUUCCCAGCAAAUUCGCCUACAACAGCAGCAAGCACAGCAACCGUUACAACAGCAGCAACAACGAAAUGCCUACACACGGUUUUAACCUUGUAAUGAAUGCACUACAGACUUCAAAGGACGAUCCAACUGGCAGAAAUAGUUUCCUUUUUCAUAGGGAUCAAAUAUGAAACUUAUGUGGAGU